CUGAAGAACUGCUCAGACAUUUACAUCCUUGCUAUCUCUUAUCCCAUAUUUAAAGUCACACUACGACACCGCCCGCCUUUUUUUCACUUGUGAGACACAAAAAGACAAGCCAGGCGGGCAGUUGAAUUUUUAGAACUUUCCUAGUAUUCAGAAAAUUGUGUCUUGUCAGAAGAGAAGCCUGCUAGCAGCUGGAGUCAUAGAUCUCGGCCAUGAGUCACUCCAGUGGCCGUCACAGUGUGUGUGUACACCAUCCUGCCAAGCAGUUAUAUAUGAAUGGGCUGCCCACAGGAAAAUGACGCUUUGCUUCUGAUAAAAAAGAGGUUUCUGCUCUUGCUUUGUUUUAGAAGUGCUAAGAGAAGAAGGAGACACAUCUGUCUGAGCCAAGAACUUUAGGAACUGGGAGGAGUGCUGUGUGAGCCUAUGAUAUGAUGACACUAAGGAUUGGGCAGCUGCUGCUGCUAGCAACCUCUUCUCUGCUCCUCUGCUGUACCCAGGAGCUUACCGAAAUACUCACCAUUGAGGUUUGCAAAACAUGCCAUCCAAAUGCUACGUGUAUAGAAAAAGAGAAGAAAUAUUCCUGUAUGUGUAAUUUUGGAUUAAUUGGUAAUGGCAGGACGCAAUGUUUGGAUAAAAAUGAGUGUCAGAUUGGAGCGCAAAAAAUCUGUGGUGAACACACAGAAUGCCACAAUACACAUGGCAGCUACUACUGCAUCUGUUUGAAAGGUUAUCGACCAUCCAAUAACCAUGACAAUUUUAUACCAAAUGAUGGCACUUUUUGUACAGAUAUCAAUGAAUGUGAAGUACCUGAUAUAUGUGGAGAGAAUGCAAAAUGUAAAGAUAUUCCUGGCGGUUAUGAAUGCUUCUGUAAUGAUGGAUACAGACUGCAAAAUGGCAGUGAACAUUUUCAUGCACAUGGGGACCCUUCCUUGUGCAAAGUUGUUGACUGUGGACCACCACCAGCUGUCCCCCACUCUGAAGUGGUCUUAUUAGGCAACACCACAUUUGGCAGUUAUGUGGCCUACACAUGUAUGCUCGGUUUUCAUAUAAAGAAGGGGCAGAACACAUCUAUGUGCACAGCUAAUGGAACUUGGGAAGAUGUCGGUUUAGUCUGUCAAGCUGUUGACUGCAGGCAGCCACCGGUUUUGCAAAAUAUGCACACAGACAUCAUGAGUCUUACCACAUUUGGAAGUAAGGCAAUAUACAGAUGUGACAAUGGAUUCAUUGCUGAGAAUAUUCAGGACAACACAGCUACCUGCUUAGAUAACGGUUCAUGGCAUGGGGUAUUAAUGAAAUGUAAAGCUGUUGACUGUGGACUCCCACAAGCUUUGCCAAAUACUGUAACCCACUUAUUUAAUAGCACUGCUUACAGAAGCAAAGUUACAUUUGUGUGUUCAAAAGGAUUUAUUGCAGAGAGUGGAUCCAAUACAUCAGUCUGCAAUGCAUCAGGGCACUGGGAAGGUGCUAAUUUGGUGUGUAAAGCUGUUGACUGUGGACUCCCACAAGCUUUGCCAAAUACUGUAAUCCAAUUAUUUAAUAGCACUGCUUACAGAAGCAAAGUUACUUUUGUGUGUUCAAAAGGAUUUAUUGCUGAGAGUGGAUCCAAUACAUCAGUGUGCAAUGCAUCAGGGCACUGGGAAGGUGCCAAUUUGGUGUGUAAAGCUGUUGACUGUGGACUCCCACAAGCUUUGCCAAAUACUGUAAUCCAAUUAUUUAAUAGCACUGCUUACAGAAGCAAAGCUACUUUUGUGUGUUCAAAAGGAUUUAUUGCUGAGAGUGGAUCCAAUACAUCAGUCUGCAAUGCAUCAGGGCACUGGGAAGGUGCCAAUUUGGUGUGUAAAGUUGCAGACUGUGGACCUCCACCUUCAAUUCAAAAUGCAAUGGCAGUGCGGUUACAGAACACUACAUAUGGAAGUACGCUUAUUUUUAAAUGUUUAUUUGGUUACACUAAGGCUAGUGGGAAUGAGAUUGCUACAUGUAAUGAAGAUGGGGAAUGGGACGGAGCUGAUCUUUCAUGCCGAGAAAUUAACUGUGGACAGCCACCAUCACUGCUCAAUACAAAUAGAGUGUGGAACGGAUCCACAAACCUUGGGAGUGAAGUAAAAUAUACGUGCCUGACAGGCUUUUAUAAUCCUAAUAUUUGGCAUGUGUCAAGAUGCACAUUCAAUGAGUCAUGGGUAAACGCAACCUUCCUCUGUACAGAGGUUGACUGUGGAUUGCCUUUAACUAUUGAACAUGCUGACUGGUUGUGGAAUAAUGAGAGUGCUGUGGGAAGCUAUAUAUAUUAUAAAUGUAAACCUGGAUUCAGAGAUAAUGGAGAAAGGAAUUUUUCCCAGUGCCUGAUGAAUUCUACCUGGGAAGCACUGAAUCUAACAUGUACAGAAAAAGAAGAUUUAAUAAGAAACCUGGAAAUGUUCAAUGAGACAUGUCUGAAUUGGACAAAAAGUACCGAUUUUUUUGGCCGGGAGAUCAGGUAUAAGUUCAGCGUAUUUGGAGUAAGGCUGGAGGACAAAGAGUUUGUGGAUGAGAAGACUUUCAACUAUACUACAGAUGAUGAAAAUCCAUUUGUAUGUUUGGAACUACAUCCAGAUACUAACUACACCAUCACACUGACAGCUCUUUUUCCUGAAAUUCCAACAGCAGUGCUAACUGUAACAACGCAAACAUCUAGGAAACACAUAUUUGGUAACCUUAUAUCGUUUAAUGAUUCAUGCUUGACAUGGACAGGAAGCUCUUCAGCCAAAUAUUCAAUGGAAGUAUACACAGUGUUCAUACUUGGUAAAACCUGGAAUCCACAGGGUUUGCUCCAGAACAUCAUGUUUAAUUUCAGUACAGAAGAGUCUACACCAAUCCUUUGCUUAGAGUUGCCUCCUGGAGCGGAAUACCUAAUCAAUAUUACUGAGUCAUCCACAGAACUGUCUGCACAUGUUAUUCUAAACAUGACAAGCCAUGAAAGUGAAAACUCUGUCAAUCAGCAAACAAUUAAUGAAACAUGCUUGCAGUUGAAUAGACAUUUAGAUGGUUUACAAGAGUUAUACAAAUUGUAUGUUAAAGGAGGAAGAUGGUCUCCCAAGGAUUUGCUUCAGGAUGUGUUUUUUAACAUCAAUACAGACCAAAAUGUCACUACAGUAUGCUUGGAAUUACCCAUGGACAAUAUAUUUCCUCCAAAUAUCACCAGGACCCACUCCAACCUAGUUGGAGGUCCUAUUCAAAAUUUGACAUUACUUAAUGACUCUUGUUUGGUAUGGAGACGAGAAUCGAAGUCAGCAGAGCUGUAUGUGAUUUCUGCCAAUGGGCAUAGAUAUCUUCAGAAGGACUUCAAGCACAUCCUCAUUUUUAAUGUCAGCAUAGAUGAGCCACAUCCAGUUAUAUGCUUGGAGCUAAAAAAGGAGACAAACUACACAGUGGAACUAAUGUCAGUUUCUUUCUCUCAAUAUCCUGCACAAAUCAACAUCCUUUCCACAAUAUCAGAACUUCCACCUUCUAAAGUGAAAAUUGUACCAGUAAACAGUCAGUUACCAAAAAUUAGCUUUCGAAGAUCUGACAAUAAUGAACACAUCAGGUCAUACCAGGUGUUUGUGAUUCAGCCAAUGUCUUGGUGUUCCUUUACUUGUGAGUCUUUGGAAGCUGUCACGUACUUCAGUAAUAUAUCUAAGAUGCAAGGAUAUGUCACUGCUGAGUUCUUCCCUGGAGACACUCCCGAACAUCUGGAGCUGUUGGUUGGGGACAGGCAAUACUAUGGAGACUUCUAUAAUGCUCCCUUAGAACGAGGGAAAGACUACUGCAUAAUAUUAAGAACUGUCAGCAAGAUGAAAACACACACAUGCAUAAUUGUGGCAGAGAUUAAAGAGCUAUCAACCAGUCGGCAUCAUAUGACUGUGGUAUUAUUAGGAUCAGUUGCAUUAGCAUUCUUCAUAUUACUCGUGUCCUACUCUAUGGCUAGGUGCUGUAACAGAUAGCUGGAGGAAAAAAUGUACAACUGCACAGUGCACAAAGUACUACUUAGAGUGUCUUCUCAGCCAUCGAUGUAUGGACUUUAUCCUGAAAAGCAGGAGUGUUCUGGAUAAAUUAAGUCCUAAUUCCCAAGACAUGGAGGAAAAAAGAAGUUAUCUCCAUUCCAGGGGGAAUUAUGGUGUUUUUGUGGUUACUACUGAGAUAAUAACUGUUGGUCAACAAAAGACUUAAAGAUAGAAUAUCUGAUCUUUUUUUUUGUUUGUUUGUGUCAGAUUAUGCCAUGAAAUAUUUAUUUGCACUGUAGUUUAAAUCUAAAGGAUAACUUGCUUUAAAUUAAAACUUAAACUCUAUAAUAGACAUACAGGCCCAGAUUCUCAAAGACUUACGACGGCGUAUCUCCAGAUACGCCGUCGUAAG